AUGUGGAGGUUGAAGAUAGCAAAUGGGGUUAAUAACCCAUAUCUUUACAGCACAAACAAUUUCGUUGGAAGGCAAACAUGGGAGUUUGAUCCUAACUAUGGAACUCCAGAAGAGCGUAAUGAAAUUGAAAAAGCACGUCUUCAUUUCUGGGAUCAUCGACAUGAAGUUAAGCCCAGUAGUGAUGUCCUUUGGCGCAUGCAGGUUAAUCCCUCUUUCCUUCCUCAAUUUUAUUGGAUCUGCAAAUUAAACCAACUUUUACUGAAACAUGAAUAUGUAAUAUGUGUGUGUGUGCAUAUGCAGUUUUUAAGAGAGAAGCAGUUUAAACAAACUAUAGCUCAAGUGAAGAUAGAAGAUGGUGAAGACAUUAAUUAUGAAAAAGUUACCACCACAUUGAGGAGGUCUGUUCACUUAUUUGCAGCCUUGCAGGCUGAGGAUGGCCAUUGGCCAGCUGAAAACGCCGGUCCAAUGUACUUCAUCCAGCCAUUGGUUAUAUGCUUGUAUAUCACAAGGCAUCUUAACAGCGUGUUCCCACAAGAACAUAAAAAAGAAAUUCUUAGAUACUUAUAUUGUCAUCAGAAUGAAGAUGGUGGGUGGGGAUUUCACAUUGAAGGCCAUAGCACUAUGUUUGGCACCACUCUCAGUUACAUUUGUAUGCGUCUUCUAGGAGAAGGACCURAUGGUGGUUUGAAUGGUGCAUGCACCAAAGCUCGAAAAUGGAUUCUAGAUCAUGGCAGUGCGACAACCAUUCCCUCUUGGGGAAAAACAUGGCUUUCGAUACUUGGUGUUUGUGAGUGGGCAGGAAACAACCCAAUGCCCCCAGAGUUUUGGAUCCUCCCUUCCUUCCUUCCCACGCAUCCAGCAAAAAUGUGGUKUUACUGUAGGCUCGUAUACAUGCCUAUGUUGUAUCUAUACGGAAGAAGAUUUGUGGGGCCAAUCUCUCCUCUUGUUUUACAGCUUCGGAAUGAACUUUAUGCACAACCCUACGAUAAAAUUAACUGGAAGAGUAUGAGACAUUUGUGUGCAAAGGAGGACCUGUACUAUCCCCAKCAUUUACUACAACAUUUAAUGUGGGAUAGCCUCUACAUAUUCACCGAGCCUCUCCUAACUCACUGGCCAUUUAACAAACUGCGCGAAAAAGCACUCGAAACAACCAUGAAGCAUAUCCAUUAUGAAGAUGAGAAUAGCCGAUAUAUCACCAUUGGUUCAGUGGAGAAGGCACUGUGUAUGCUUGCAUGUUGGGUUGAGGAUCCAAAUGGGGUCUGCUUUAAAAAGCACCUUGCCCGAAUCCCAGAUUAUAUCUGGCUUGCUGAAGAUGGAAUGAAAAUGCAGACUUUUGGCAGUCAGGCAUGGGAUGCAAGUUUCGCCAUCCAAGCUCUAUUGGCUAGUGAUCUUAUUAACGAGAUUGGCCCUACCCUGAAGAAAGGACAUGACUUUAUUAAAGAUUCACAGGUAAAGGAUAAUCCUUCUGGUGACUUUAAAAGCAUGCAUCGCCAUAUUUCUAAAGGGUCAUGGACCUUUUCAGAUCAAGACCAUGGAUGGCAAGUUUCUGAUUCUACUGCUGAAGGAUUGAUGUGUUGCCUUCUAUUGUCAAUGAUGCCGCCAGAAUUUGUUGGUAAGAAGAUGGAGCCUGAGCAACUUAACAAUGCUGUUAACGUAAUACUUUCCAUGCCGAGCAUAAAUGGUGGGCUACCAGCAUGGGAACCAGCAAGAUCAUCAAAAUGGUUGGAGAUUCUCAAUCCUACAGAGUUCUUCGCUGACAUUGUCAUUGAGCAUGAGUACAUUGAAUGCACAUCAUCAGUAAUACAAGCCUUGGCAUUGUUUAAGAAUUCAUACCCUGAACAUAGGAGUAAAGAAAUAGAUAGUCUCCUUACCAAAGCAGGUGAAUACAUUGAGAAAAUGCAGAUGUCAGAUGGUUCGUGGUAUGGAAACUGGGGUAUCUGUUUUACAUACGCUACCUGGUUUGCUCUUGGAGGACUGGCAGCAAUCGGUAAGACAUACGAAAAUUGUCAGGCAGUGGGUAAAGCUGUCAAUUUUCUGCUGAAAACACAGCUGAAGGAUGGUGGUUGGGGAGAAAGCUACCGAUCCUGCAUAGAAAAGAAAUAUGUGCCUCUAGAAGGAGGACAAUCCAACUUGGUACAAACUGCAUGGGCUAUGAUGGGGUUGAUACAUACCCAACAGGCGUAAAGAGAUCCUAC